GAAACAACAAUGGCGGCCGUGUCUUACAGCGGUCUUGAAAUUUAAAGAUGAGUUCAAAUUUAAGUUGCGCGGUGUGCGGCACGAAGACAAAUUUGCUCCGCUGUGCUCGUUGCAAAACGCGAAUUUACUGUUCCAAAGAACACCAGCGCAAAGACUGGCCCAACCACCGCAGAGAGUGCGCCCAACUAGCCUUAGCCCUCGACAAACAGUCACCGAAAAGCGGUGAAAGCAGCAUCCUGAACUCGCUGUCGGAAGACCUGAGCCCCCACUUGGACUUCGACAAGACUUCCACGGAGAAAGCCUUAAAGUCGGCCAAGACAGCCAUGCCCAUAAGUGGCGAGAACAUCAUCCACCCCAAAAAGUCAGUGGUGAAGGACUUCCCGGAAAUCUCCUUCCAGCAGAACCCCUGGAGCGCCAAGGGCCACCGCAAGGACCUGGACGAGAUCUGCAGGAAUGUGAUCGGGGACAUGGACGCGUACGGGGUCUGUGUGGUGGACAACUUCCUGGGGGAGGACAAGGGCAAGGCGGUGCUGAAGGAGGUCUUGCAGCUGUACGACAAGGGGGUUUUCCGGGACGGGCAGCUGGUUUCCAGCAGGGGCUCGGGCGACUUGAAGACGAUACGAGGGGACCAAAUUAUCUGGAUCGAUGGGAAGGAAAAAUCUUGCAAUAACAUUCAACAGUUGAUCAGUCAGGUUGAUGCGGUGGUCAUGAGGGCCAACAGAAUGACCAACAAUGGCAAAAUGGGAAUGUACAAUAUUAACGGCCGGACUAAGGCGAUGGUGGCCUGUUACCCCGGUUUGGGAUCUCACUACGUCAAACACGUGGACAACCCAAACCAAGACGGUCGUUGUAUAACAGCCAUUUACUACCUCAAUUUAAAUUGGAAUGUUAGGGAAAACGGGGGUUUAUUACGAAUUUUCCCAGAGGGAUGGUUAGGUGAUAAGGUAGCUGAUAUAGAGCCAAUUUUCGACCGUCUUUUAUUUUUCUGGUCUGACCGGAGAAAUCCACAUGAAGUCCAACCCGCCUACGACACAAGAUAUGCAAUAACGUUGUGGUAUUUCGACGCUAAAGAACGAGCAGAAGCAUGCCGGAGAUACGAAAAAGAACGGCAUUCAUAGCGCUCGAAAAUUGUAUCGUGCCACUAACGAUCAACUGUGUCCGUUUUGUAACAAACAAACCUAGUACUAUGUGAUAUUUAUCGUUUGUUGAAAACUGGUAACAGUUGUGUACUGUUGUAUAUAAUGUGUAUUUUUCUGAAAGCUAAACUUUUUUUGAUUAUUUAUGUUUGACAGUGUGAUAUUUUCUGAUUCAAGUCAAAUUGAAAUUCUUUAAUACGUAUUGAUUUAGGCGGUAUUACAAUAGGUUAUUUAAUUCAUUUAUCGCCGAGGCGACUAUUUUAAUGUGAAUGUAAAUAGUGUACAAGUAAUUUUCAAGUGUACAAUCUAGAUUAUGUUUGAGACCUAACUAA